AUGUUUUCCUUUCGCUCAAACUUCUUUUCAAAUCUCCUGUCUGGUGGCUAUGGAUCCGCCCUAAAGCUCGACUUGCCGCCCGUCGAGUCCAUCGACAUUGAAGAAACGCCCGAGAAACGAGCCAGAACACUCAAGCACCUGAUCAAGGCCAAUCACAUCAACCACUCCAUCAUCUACCACCAUCUCGAGUUCCACAACCACUCGCCCCACGUAUAA